UCCAGUUCCAUUCUUGACUUCACAAUACAUUCUUUUGCUGUUCUGUUCAUAGUGUCCGGAUUGUACCAACCUUGUCCAAUACUGUUUUGAGGAAAAAAGAGGUGGUUUCUAUGCAAUUAUGCCUAAGCAAGAGCAAAACAAGUCAGGGAAUGUCUUAAGAUUGCUUGGACGGACGAGAUCUUUUGGUUCUAAAUCGGACGGCCAAUCACGUAAAAGCAUGAGCUGAGUCAAGCGGUCAAUCAACGCAGUACCGUACAUGCAGAGGAAUAUUCCAUGUUAGCGUCGAUGGAGAGCGAGCGAGAGCGACAGUGGGCACGAUGUUGCUUUGACGAAGAAGAAAGAAGAAGGGAGGAGGAGGAUGAGGAGGAGGAGGAGGGAAGGUGAUGGCCAUGGGAGAAGAAGAGGAGCAGCGGAGCCACGCUACGGAGGAGCGUCCCGUCCGGGUCUACGCCGACGGCAUCUACGAUCUCUUCCACUACGGUCACGCCCGUUCCCUCGAGCAGGCCAAGAAGCUGUUUCCUAAUACUUACCUGCUCGUCGGAUGCUGUAAUGAUGAGCUCACGCACAAGUAUAAGGGAAAGACCGUCAUGAAUGAACAGGAGCGCUACGAAUCUCUCCGCCACUGCAAGUGGGUAGAUGAAGUCAUUCCUGAUGCUCCAUGGGUGAUCACACCAGAGUUCCUGGACAAGAACCAAAUCGACUAUAUUGCACACGACUCUCUUCCUUAUGCUGAUGCAAGUGGUGCUGGGAAAGAUGUCUACGAAUAUGUUAAGUCCAUAGGAAAAUUCAAGGAAACAAAGAGGACAAAUGGAAUUUCGACAUCAGAUAUUAUCAUGAGGAUUAUCAAAGAUUACAACAAGUAUGUGAUGCGUAACCUUGCGCGGGGAUACAGCAGAAAGGAUCUAGGUGUUAGCUAUGUGAAGGAAAAGCGACUCAAAGUGAACAUGGGCAUAGAAAGGUUGCGUGAGAAAGUGAAGAAACAGCGGGAAAGAGUGGGAGAGAAGAUCCAAACAGUGGCAAAAACUGCUGGUUAUCAUCGUAACUUAUGGGUAGAGAAUGCUGAUCGGCUCAUAGCUGGUUUUCUAGAGAUGUUUGAAGAACGUUGCCACAAUAUGGUUCUUCUCUGUGAUUAUCAGGGGACAAAAAUUAGGGACCGAAUCCAGGAGCAAUUAAUUGGACAGCAGAUAAGAGGGUUCAUUGACGACAAAGAAGGAGAUGAUGUUGAGGGAUACGAUUACAGUGAAGAGAGCAGUGAAGAUGAAGAAUCCUACAGUGAGGGAGAUGAAGAGAAUAAAGACAAGUAAUACAGGUUGGUUUACUUAUGUGUCGACUGCUCUUAAAGUAAUACAAGUAUGGGUAAUACAUGGACUGCUUGCCUAGAGGCACAGAUGAGCUUGACUAGGUCUUUGUGCUCAAUGGGUGCUUUCUGCCAUUUCUAUUGCAAAGGGAGAAGUUCUCUUUGACCCGUCUGAAUGUAUACCUAUGUGAGGAAUCUGACUAUUUUUAACACUGUGGUUGUGUAUAGAAAUGCUGUGUUUUUUCUUGUCA